GCUUAUCACAUUUCACUAGUAUAACAUUUCCCAGAAAAUGCUCAAGAGGUGUGUCAAAAUCGUUCUUUUCCCGUAUUUGUAAACCAUUAGCAGUGUAUUUAUGCGAACUGCGCAUGGUGGUGAAGGGAGGGAUAUGCAACCCCUAGUUGGGCAAGGGAAGGGCAGAAAGUGCACGAAAUUCCUGAUAUCCAAGGAAGGUCGCAGUACCCACACCGCACAGAAGUGAGAUAAGUGGUGUUAAAAAUAUUGAAGUGUGUCAACAACAAACGGCCAGUUUAUGGAAUUAUCCGAAGUCCAUUAGGAAGUCCUCACCAGUCCCAGGAUGUCUUGCAACAGUAACCCAACAUCCACGUGCUCGUCUGCAUCGAACUGCAACGACAUGGACAGUUUGGUCUGCAACAUCAUAUCGGUGGCUUUGCAAGACAUAUGUGGGAACUGCGAUGAAGGAGCCAAAGCAACAUCAAGAUGCAUCGACUGCAGCGAACUUUUAUGCGACCCUUGCGUUAGAGCCCACCAACGCGUACGUGUAACCAAAGACCACCGAAUUAACAAAUUUUCGAAUAAUCUUGUCUCAUCACCCACGACUAUCGACUCAGCGGUCUGCUCGCCCGAGACUAGGAACAGUCCUUGCGCCGCAAUAAACACAAUCUGUGAUAUUCAUCGGGAGCCUAAUAGGCUCUUUUGUGCAACAUGUUAUACUCCAGCCUGCAGCGACUGUGUCCUAAGCGACCACGUUUCGCACGAGUUAUCCUAUGUCCAAGAAUGCGAUAAUACGAUUCUAAUGCAUACCAAAUUAAAUAAUGAAACCAGAAGUGCAAUGACGGCAGUUGCAGAAGCAAUGGAAAAUGUCAAGUUUAUGUCCACCAAAAUUCACCUCAAGCUGCAAAAGACGACGGUGGAUGUGCAGAACGUCUUUAAAAAAUACGUCACAGCUUUAGAACGUCGCGCCCAAGAGCUCGUGAGCAAAAUCGAGCAAAUCCAGCGGUUCAAAGCCUACCGCCUCCUCUCGCAAAUGGAGCGCCUCCGCCUGGCCCAAGCCCGCCUCACCUACGUCUCCAACAUCCUCAACGCGUCCUUCGCCAGCGCCACCAACAGCGAAUUCAUCAUCGCCAACGAAAAGGCCUACAACGAGCUCAAAUCCAUCCGGUCCGUUCAGGCCGAACUCGUCCCAUGCGAAGACGACUACAUCCGCUUCACGGCCGUCGACAACGGCCUCUUCUCCGCCAUCAACUCCCUGGGCAACAUCAACACCAGCUCGGCCAUGAGCUGGGGCCCCGAGCCCUCCACACCCCUGGCAACCGAGAUUUUGAAAAUGUCCGACAUCAACCAAAACUGCCGGCCGCUGUACGGCGUCGUCGACCAAGUGUCGGUCAAGCACGUCGGCUCAGCCUCCCCCAUGAUUUUCGCAAAGGAAGGGGUGGAGGACGGGCAGUUGUGCCGCCCCUGGGGGGUUUGUUGCAACAGCCUGGGGCACAUUAUAGUCACAGAUCGGAGCAACAACCGGAUUCAAGUUUUCGACUCGAAUGGCAAAUUUUUGUACAAGUUUGGCAAACAAGGGAGUGGUUUGGGCCAGUUUGAACGCCCGGCUGGGAUCACCGUGAGCCCCGUUAACCACAUCGUAGUGGCCGAUAAAGACAACCACCGCAUCCAGAUCUUCAAAAUGGACGGUACCUUUAUCCUGACUUUUGGGGAAAAAGGGACGCAAAAUGGGCAAUUCAACUACCCAUGGGACGUUGCGUGCAACUCCCAAGGCGAUAUCGUGGUCUCCGACACCCGCAACCACCGCAUACAACUGUUUACGGGGGCUGGGGCCUUUAUUAACAAGUACGGCUUCGAAGGCAACUCCUCCAUGUGGAAGUUCUUCGAUUGUCCGCGCGGGGUUUGCUUCACUCCAGCCGGCAACGUCAUGGUGACCGACUUCAACAACCACCGCAUCGUUAUCAUUGACAAGGACUUCGUCCGGGCGCAGUUUCUGGGCGAGGAGGGGUCGAAGGACAAGCAGUUUUUGCGCCCCCAGGGAAUUAUUUGCGACGAUCAGGGGAAUAUCGUUGUUGCCGAUUCGAAAAAUCACCGGAUUCAGGUGUUUGACAGUUUCGGGAACUUCUUGUUCCAGCUGGGAAGGCCGGGGAAGGGCCCCGGGGAGUUUGACAGGCCCAGUGGCCUUUGCCUCAGCCCGACAGGGCGCAUAAUCGUCGUGGAUUUUGCCAACGCAAGGGUUCAGGUUUUUUGAGACGCGCUCAUAGAUUAGGGAAUUGACUCAGGGUUUGUUGCCACAAAGAGAAACUCCUCAGGUAAUAACUGACCUCGUGUAGUUAAAUUUAACGAAUUUAUUUUAUUUGGUUGAUUAGGAUCAUUGUAAAUAUGUUAUUAGCAAUUGACAAUUCAGGACCUGUAAGUUACCAAUUAAGACUGAAACAAGACUGAUUGUGAAUAGGAUCCUAUUUUUGCUAGGGGCGCCUUUGAUAAUUAGAGAGCCGGUGUUGCGAUUAGCGUUUAACUGAUAUUUACUCGUGUAGCCUUGUAGUAGGAAAGGAAUAUUUUGCUAAGCAAUGUUCGAACGUUACCUGGUGUUGUCCGAGCGGGCAACCUUUAAUUAGUCGCCAUUUCUACUGUGUUAAGUAAAAGUGUGGCAUAACAUGCUUAUUUUACCAUGUUUAAAUUGAUUUUGUUGUAUUAUGAAUGUUUUAAUUAUUUUAAACUAUCUGUGGUUCUCCGUCAGCAACUAUAAAGAUAAAAUAUGCUGGUGGAGCGUUUAUAAUCAUCAGCCGAUGAUGCAAAUAACGAAUAAUUUUAGUAUUAUUAGGUUAAAAACUUGAAAAGUAUUAACACUGAACGAAUAUUUUUCACUCUGACUGACUACUUCUAAAAUUUGAUAUUAACUUAGUUAUUAAGGUUUCGAGUCCAUCACAUGAUGACCGAAGUUAAGUACUUCGUGAACGGUCAUGUGAGCAUGCUUAUUUUUAUUUAGGUGUUACUAAUGAUUUCGUUCUUCUGCAGCGUUAGUUUUUGUACGUUUUGUUUCCGCCAGUGAUGUGACACUCUUUGCGCAAACCAAUUUAUUUUUCUUGACGCCAGAGACGUAUCACAUCAUGCGGCUUUUGUUUAGGUACUUUCGAUUGUGUCUUAUGUUUUGUUUUCCUUUUAAUAUUUUUAUUGCAAUAAUUGUGCAGCGUUUCCGGUGGAAACUUGCCAAAAAUAUUCAUAGGGCUGUUACGACAAGGCCAUACGGCAAGUCCUUCAUUUGAUUUUGAUUUGUAUUAGUUUAAUACACCUUUUUAUGUGGUGCAAUUUAAGUAAUAUACAGUUCCUAUCGACAA